CUUUCGAGCGGUGCGGUUGUGUUUUGUGAGGUUUUGAGUUUUGUCUUGCGUUUUCCCGCGCAAUCUGUCGUCUGGCUGGGGUAUCUGCUGGGUACUUACAAAGUAUGUAGGAAAGUGUCCAAGAUCCGUGAUCGAACCAGCCUGAAUGCCAAUGUUUUCGUCAGUUGUUAAAAGUCCAAAUUAAUUAGUCCGUCUCGCCCGCCGUAGUCUGUAGUGCGUGCAUGUAGUGAAAGAACAUCACCAAUCGAUGUUCCGACUGUCGACCACAAUCAUUCGGAACCCAUCCGUUCCGGUUCCGUUCUCGAUUCGGUGCUCAUCCUGAUUUAGUGUAUCGGAAUUCGAAUGAAUGCGCGACACGGACUGCAAUCAGUGAACCAUAAUUGGGUCGGAACGUUCGAAAUUCCCAAUUGUGCCACCCACACCCCCUCUCAGUGAUCGACCCGACCCAUUCGGUGAGUGAGUGAAGAGAAACAGUGAAAAAGAGGCACGAAGACGCGACUCGGACGGAACAAACCCCCGGAAUAAGUGAAAUCCAACCAUGCAAUGAAUUUAACACCGCCACCGCACGCCAAAAGCCACUUCCAAAAUCAACAGCAACGAAUUUGCAUGUGGUGGACCAUUCGAUCGAAGAAGAAUGCUUUUGCGCCGGAAAAAUAUGUCAAAGUUAAACACAAAUAAGUGGGGACCCCGGGGAUUAAUUAGCGUUGGCGUUGGCAGUCGAGUGACGCAUUGCUGGGUCCCACAGCUGAUGAUCAUCUCCUGCUGCAGCAUUUGCUGCGUCCUCCUGAUGGUGGGAGUUCCUGUGGUCCAUUCGGCUCCUUCGCUUGCGGCCAAAUCCUGGCCUGUGAUGAAAAACUAUGACAUCUGGGGAACGUCCUCUGAUGCUGCCGGCCAAUCUCCCACGGAUGCUGAUGCAGUCGAAUCAUCAAGGAGCCAUUCAUCGGGGCCACUGGAUGCCAAUUUGCAAAAUGGCACCGAAUUGGUCGGCGGAUGGCUGCGAAGUGGCGGCCGGACCUUUGGGCUGGACCAUUUCGGCGGUCAUCGGGCCAAGAAUGAGUUGUUCCAGGUGGAGGAAGCAGCCGAUGGACAGUACUUACUGGAUGAUGAAGGUGAUGGUGGCAGAAGACGAAAACGGCCCCCUGGUGGACGAGGACGUGGGCGAAGCGCCAAAGUUCUAAACUUUCUCCCGGUUCCGGUCGAUGAUGAGUGCCUUUCGGAUGAUGGCCUCCGGACUGGCCAGUGCAUGAACGUGUACGAGUGCCGCAUUCAGGGUGGGUCAGCACGUGGCCAGUGCGCUCUCGGAUUUGGCGUCUGCUGUAUUUUUACGGCCACCUGUGACCAAGAGAUGGCAAACAACAUCACCUACUUCGUGUCCCCCGGUUUUCCGGCUCUGCUGCCCAAGGAUAUGAGCUCCUGUAAGCUGAAAAUCAAGCUGAUGAACACCGAGAUUAGCCAGCUGAAAUUCGAUUUCAUCCACUUUGCAUUGGGUCAGCCGAAUCGCCGGACCGGAAUCUGCGAUGGCGAUGUGUUCAAGCUAAUUGGCGGGGUGUUGCCGUUUGACCUGUGCGGGUUGAACAGUGGCCAGCAUCUGUACUAUGACCUGACGCCCCAAGCUCGCGCUAACGAGGAUAUCGAAAUGGAGAUGGUUUUUUCGCCGCGGUCCUUUACCCAGCGGCUGUGGGAAAUAAAGGUGACACAGAUUCCGUUCAGCCAGCGAGCUCCCAGCGGGUGUAUGCAGUAUUUUACCGGGAGCAGUGGUGUUUUUCAGACUUUUAAUUUUGCAGAAAACGGGCGUCAUUUGGCGAACCACAAUUAUAGGGCGUGCUUCCGGCAGGAGAAAGGGAUGUGCUCGGUGGCCUAUGAACCUUGCGAUGAUCAAUCGUUCCGGAUUGGGAAUCCGAUUGGUAAUGGAGCUAUGAUUGGCGGUUCACCAGGUUCUGUACCAGGAACUGGUGCUGGAGGAGUUCCUGGUGCUCCUGGUGCUGGCGUAGGAACGCUGGGGCCUGGAGGAGUACCAGUUGCUGGUACGGUGCCAGGAGUUCCAGGUGGAGCAACAGGAACCUUUUCGGAUCCGUCACUAGCAGCUGACCCCUUAGCUCCAGCAGCAGAUGUUCCUGUAGCGGAUGUUGUUCCUCCACCAGCAGAUGCAGAAGCAGACGAUGGCCCGGGCAUUUUCGACUCGCCAGCAGAUGAGCCAGCAGCUGACGAACCAGCAGCUGAUGAACCUGCUGCUGAUGAGCCGGCUGCGGAUGAUCCAGAGGCGGAAGAAGGAUCCGGCGGAGGAGAUGGAGGUGGAUUUUUCAGCAGCUUCUUUCCGUCGUUCUUUUCAAGGUCCUUCCAUGGAUACUCCCAUCGACAGGCUCGAUAUUCGAGACAACUCUUCACCUCCUCCUGUACAGAUCGAAUUACGCUUCCCUGCAUAGUGGAAGACUUCAUUGGAGUGGGAAUGGGCGAUCUUCCGCGAUGUCUGCCGGUGCACUGUGGCAAUUCUCUCUGUCCGGCUGGAGUUUCGCCUUGUCGGAUCGAGACCACGGUUACGCCAUUCGCCUUGGGCAUUCAUUUUGGUGAGGGUUUGGACAAGGGAAGUCCCGAAGACAAUAUUGGAGCCUGUUUGAGGUACAGUCAAAUUCCUUGCGCAGGAUGAUCGGAAAUAGCAUUUAUUAUUUGUACAGAGUUUAGGUUAUAAUUUAUGAAUGCGAGUUUAUUUAUAUGUUAUGCGUGAUUUGAGUGAA